AUGAGCAUCCUGGGCACCAACAUCACCUGGGAGAUUGUCGAAGAAGAUAUGCGAAAAGCCUUCGAAUCAGAAGCCCGCCGUGGGCCCAACCAUAGCUACAAGCAAAUUGGCGAGGGAGUGGGGUUCCUGGCCCGCAUCGCCCUACUGAUCUUCGAUUGGCAAGGUGAUGGGGCCGACAAGCUACCUCACUGUGCCGUCGUCAAGAUUUGUUCGAUGGAACGAAGUGGGACCGAUGGUGAUGCCGACAUGGCCGCUGCCAUGAGCGACUACGAGCUGGCCGUCUACAGCGCCGCCGACGAGGGAGACGGAAAGAUUUUUGCCGCCGUCCCUAAACCCAAAUUCUAUUGCGGCCGGAAAUUUGAUACUGGCACUGGCUACUUUGCCAUCGAAUUCCAAGACAACGUGACGAACACGAGGAUCUGGGAGAACCUGCCCGACUCGGUCACCAACCAGGCCCUCGAAUAUAUUGCCGAUAUGACGGCCAAAUCCUUGAAAUACCCGGAGCUGGUCGAGCGCUGGGACGACCCGACGUAUGACAAAUUGUGGGCCGACCUGGCGCAGCGAGAGAAAGCCGAUGAACGCCUACAUCGGCUGAAGGGUCAGGUGCCGGAAGCAUCUGAUUCCAUCGAUAUACUCCUUGCAAAGACCCCGAGGAUUCUCGUCAACGCCUGGGCACGGUGGAUGGGGAAUUGCAAAAAGCCCGUCUUCUGCCACAACGACAUGUGGGCCCCGAAUCUGCUGCACAGGGAUGGGAAGUUGGUGUCGGUGAUCGACUGGCAGCUCUGCCACGCCAACACCCCGGUCGAGGAUCUGAUUUUCCAUCUCUUCUCCUCGCUCCCCCCAGAGGAAUACGUUAGCAAGUAUAUCGAGAAACUGCGCUUCUUCUACGAUCAGCUAGAGGCGAAGAGUGGUGGCAUGGAGUUGUGGGAUGAUUUUCAGCAGCUGGUAGACGACUACGAACACCGCUUCAUCACCAUCAUCCUCAUCAUGCUUGCCUGGUUUGCCGAUGCACGCGUCGAUUUUCUCGCGAACCCGGCUGACAAUGCCCAGAAGCCCUUCGACGCCAAGGUCGUCUUCCUGGCCAAGGAGGUCGUCCGACUGUGCGAGAAGUGGUACCCG